UGGUCCACGUUGGUUCGGGUCUUUGUUCUGGGUCGUCGCGGGGACAUGCGCGGCUGAGGAUGGAAGUGGAGGACUCGGGCGGCGUGGUGCUGACCGCCUACCACUCGCACGCGUGUUCGCAACCGCAGGGCGCGGAGCCACGCUGUGCGUCCCGGGCGGCCGCCAGCCACCCGCUCAGCAGAAAAUCCAUCCCUCGCUGCCGCAGAAUUAACAGGAUGCUCUCCAACGAAUCCCUGCAUCCCCCUGCCUUCAGUCGAUCCAACUCUCAGGCCUCCGUAGACAGCAGCACAUCCGUGGAAGAGUUCUGGCGAGAAAUCGAGAGUAUCAAAGAGAGCAGCGUGGGGACUCAGGAGGAGCAGCCGCCCACCGCCGAGGUCAAACCUGUGGAUGAAGGAGAACUUGAAGCAGAGUGGUUACAAGAUGUGGGAUUGUCGACUCUGAUCUCCGGUAAUGAAGAGGAAGACGGCAAAGCACUCCUGUCUACACUGACUCGGACGCAAGCAGCCGCAGUGAAGAAGAGAUACAACACAUAUACCCAGACAUUGAGGAAGAAGAAUAAGCAACCCAUCAGGGAUGUCAGAGACGUCUUCGGAGUCAGCGCAUCUCCUCCUGGUGAUUCCUGUGACCGUGCUCCUCAGUUGGAUGGUACCAAGGAAGAAAAAAAAGAGCUGCCAGGAGUUACCAAAACAAGCAGGCCCCUGGCAGGUGAUGAGCCUCUCAACAGUACCACGCUGUCCAACGGUGCCCAGGAUGAAGAAGGUAGUUUUGUGGACCUCCAGAGUGGCUCCAUGGCAGUACUGGAGGCCAUUCCAGAUAUUCCCAUUCACGCCAAUGGAUCUGCAGGCUCUGAGCAGUCAGUUCCCAGUGCAAUGAGUGAUGACGAUUAUCUAGAAAAGAACAUUCCACCAGAGGGUGAAGAGCUUUCCUUUGAGGUGUCUUACUCAGAAGUGGUGACAGAGACCCCAGACAGAAAUAAAUGGAAGAAGUCAGACAUUAAGAAAGAGGACUAUGCCUUGACUAAUUUUAUUGUUCAGAAAACCAGAUUUGGGUUGACAGAGACGGGAGACCUGUCUGCCGAAGACAUGAAGAAAAUCCGCCAUCUCUCUCUGAUUGAAUUGACGGCCUUCUUCGACGCCUUUGGAAUACAACUGAAAAGAAACAAGACGGAGAGAGUGAAAGGCCGAGACAGCGGGAUUUUCGGAGUGCCGCUCACCGUCCUCCUGGACAAUGAUCGGAAGAAGGACCCGGCGGUGAAAGUUCCACUGGUGUUACAGAAAUUUUUUCAGAAAGUCGAGGAAUCAGGACUGGAAUCAGAAGGAAUUUUUCGACUUUCAGGAUGUACUGCCAAAGUCAAGCAGUACCGCGAAGAACUGGAUGCCAGGUUCAAUGCCGACAAGUUCAAGUGGGACAAAAUGUGUCACAGAGAAGCCGCAGUCAUGCUGAAAGCGUUCUUCAGGGAACUCCCCACCUCUCUCUUCCCCGUUGAGUAUAUUCCCGCCUUCAUCACCCUGAUGGAAAGAGGGCCUGAUGUCAAAGUGCAGUUUCAAGCCUUGCACCUCAUGGUCAUGGCCCUGCCUGAUGCCAACAGGGACACGGCCCAGGCUCUGAUGACAUUCUUCAAUAAAGUGAUUGCCAAUGAGUCUAAAAACCGCAUGAGCCUGUGGAACAUUUCCACAGUGAUGGCGCCCAACCUGUUCUUCAGCAGAAGCAAACACUCUGACUACGAGGAGCUGCUGCUGGCCAACACUGCAGCCCACAUCAUCCGCCUGAUGCUGAAGUACCAGAAAAUUCUAUGGAAAGUUCCAUCUUUCUUGAUCACCCAAGUAAGAAGGAUGAAUGAAGCCAGCAUGCUGUUGAAGAAGCAGCUCCCGAGUAUGAAGAAGUUGCUGAGGAGGAAGACUCUGGAACGGGAGGCUUCAAACCCCAAGAACUCAAAGGUACCACAAAAAUCACCUACUUCAAGAAGAAUGUCUGAUGUGCCAGAAGGCGUCAUAAGGGUCCACGCCCCGCUGCUGUCCAAAGUGUCGAUGGCCAUUCAGCUCAACAGUCAGACCAAAGCCAAAGAUAUCCUGGCGAAAUUCCAGUAUGAGAACAGCCAUGGUUCAUCUGAAAGUAUUAAGAUGCAGAACCAAAGGUUAUAUGAAGUCGGAGGAAAUAUAGGACAACACUGUUUGGAUCCUGAUGCGUAUAUAUUGGAUGUGUAUCACGUAAAUCCUCAUGCAGAAUGGGUGAUUAAGCCAUAGCCAAGCCUUUAAAAUCUGCCCUGGAUGUCUCUUGCCUUGUAUCAUAUGCCAAGAAGAUCCCACGAGUGUGGUGAAAACACUUCCCUGAGGUAUUUGCUCCUGGUUCUCCUGGAGGGGCCGUGUCACCGGCUCUGGCAAUAUAAACUACAGAAGAGGAGCUGGUUCUCACUGAGCCGAACUUUCAUAUCACAGUUCCCUGGUAAGAAGGUGUAACCCAGUGGGCAGGCCAGCAUACUCACCAUGGAGCUAUGUGGCAGAAAUAGACUUGGCCCUGUGCCUGAGAAUGAGCAGCGCGUCCGCGGUGAAACUGCAGUAUUUAUGCUCUGACCUGCUCCUAGAUUGGAGGAGGGCCUUCCGUCUAAAGACACUGUGCACCAGCUGUUGGGCGCAUCACACUCUGAGGACUGGCUAGCACCCUUGUGCGAAGGAACUGCCCCAGCCACUGAGUGCUGAGAUGCUGUUCUCUGACUCCUUGUCUCACGAGCACAAAUCCUCAUUGCGAAUCCCAGUCUGGCAACGGGCAUCUUGUGCUUUGAGCUUCCUCUGUAGUCCACGGCCGUGGUGUCAUUUCCUUUCUCCUCACAAUCGUGGUGCUCAGUGAAUAAACUGCCUUUCAUGUGUCAGCAUGGAUUUCCUUCACAGGUCAAACACAUUUUUUUUUUUUAGCAUUUCACAACUUUAGUCACUUUCACAGUCCCACUCCCACCCCACCCCCAACAAAUAGGGAAAUGCAUUUACCUGUUCGUGCUGAAAAGUGCCGUUAGCCUAGAAUUCAUAAGUCACAAAGGUACAUUGUGCUCUUUGAUUCUUAACCAGAGACGUGGCUCAGCACUGAGCCAUGAAAGUUGGACACCACCCGCCUUAUUGUCCGCAUCUUAUACAGCCUUUGUCCAGACUACAGUGGGGGGGUGGGGGCAUAGAGCCCUCGCGGUUCCAAAUCUGAAUUGUGGCGAGGGAAGGGACAGGAGAUCUCUUCCUUUCCUCUGAGGGACUGCAGUAAGAGUCCUCACGUAGCCCACACAAGCGCUCGUGUUAGACGCCACAGACGGAAGGUUUGAUGGACUCAGCCAUUACGACAUUUGAGACCCUGGUGACUGUCAGUGUCGGCUCAAGCGAAGUCAAAUCGAAAAUGCAAGAGAACGGUUUGCCGACCCUCCAUCCCCGGGUCCAGAUGUGACUCGGGCACACCAUAAGCGCACAGGCAAUGCAGAAGGCGUCUCGUCUCGUGCUCUGCGAUUUGCCUGACACGGAAACAAAACCAUCUUCACCCCAGCAUCUCGCUGUAGACGCGAAGCAUUCUUCACAGCCAGAGAGUUUUCUAGAAACACAGGAACCAGAUUGUCUGAUCUGCGCAGGAAUUUCUGUUUCCUUUCUCUGAAAACCCACUAGAAACCAAAUAGGCACUGCAGAGGUUCUCAUGUGUCCUGGCAUUUGGCCACUUUCUAGGCCGCCUGAUGUGCCUGUGGGUGUGCUCAGCGAGGACUCUCAUUUUGCAGUGAAGACUGAGUGAGCAUAUCGCUUUGUAGAGUUGCUGCGUUCCAGGCUAUCAGCGGCAGGACCUGGCCAUGCGUGGAAGCCAUCCUUCUAGAGCAUUGCCGUUUCUGUAAAUGGAGAUAUCCCUGUUUCUUUGUAUUAGACUCACCCUAGUCUGUCGUAUUUAUAUUUAAAAAAAUGCACUCUUUUCAAGAUUUUUCAUUUCAUCUGGCUGAAAGCACACUAGGAUCUUUGCAUUGAUGUUAGUCACCAGUCUUCAGGUAGCAGCUAGCUGGUGGCAGGUAGCACACAGCAAGGCUGCAUUUUGUGCCCACUUUUGUGUGGCUUCGGAUGCAAAAGUCUUGGCAGUAACUUGGAAUUAAUGGUUUCAGUUUUUUCAGGAACAUGACAGCUUUCGGAUAACUUUAGGAGGGCAAUGCCAAUGUCAAGGUCAACCUUGGCUAGAACGUUUUGUUCUUAAUCACACAGUUAAUUGACUAGAGAGUGUCGGUGGACAUGCAAACUAUCGUUUAUGUGGUCAGGGAGUUUAUUUUUAUUCUGAAAGAAUAAACCUUCGGUUAAAUUUAAACCACCUGUCACCUAAGUAAGGGAAAAACUUCAAUCUUGUUGAGUGUUGGUUUUCAGAAGCUGAGUGGCCAGCCUUGUUGCAAUGGAGAGUUUGCCAACGAGAGAGGCCAGAUCCGAGGCUAGUAAUGCGCAAUCUUGAUCUUCCCGGCUUCUCACCUCCACCCAUCAAGCGCUCUUGAUACACAAGUAGGAAAAUAACAUCCGGGAAAGUGUUAAAGGAAGUGACCUGUGGCGGGUACACUCAGGACGACCCCUCCCACUGCCUUACUUCAUCUCCUCAGCUUUUGACCUGAGGCCCUCUGCCGUGCCGCUCAGCUGGGACACGUGCCUCCUACCCAGCCUUUGGACAAAUUGGAGUGUGAUUCCUUACAAUGUGUGUGCAUGCAGGGUCAACUACCUCACCAGCCGUUCUUGGGGGAAAAAGAAGAAUCGAAUGGACUUUUUUUUUUUACUUUUUUGUUGUUGUUCAACUGUCCCUGAGUCUUACUCAAGUCACUGCAUUUAGCUCUAAGUGUGUAUCUUGAUAAUCUGUUGUUCACAGUGUAAAUGAGUUUCAGCAAAAGCAUGGAAACCAAUUCACGCUGCAGGUCCGGCCUGUGGUGUGCGCCAAGGGGGUCUCCAUGUGUCCCUCUGUGAUGGUCUCAUGUUUCUAACCGUGCGGGGACACGGGUUCUUUUCUGGCAGUGUCUCCCCUGCUGUCCAUGUAUUUCACUGACUGAGAAGUAAGGAGGUGAAAGCGUCUCUCUUUGUAGCGAGUGUGUUUUAACUCUUUUUCAUGUGUCUGUCUGACUUGCCUGAAAAGACUGUAUGUUAGGGGAUUUACACUCCCCUCGACAGGCAUCUUCAACUGUUUUCCAU